AAUGGCGUGACUAAAUUACAGAACACGUGCGUUGCGCGUGACCUUCCUCCAUUAUCACACCACCGAUGGCCUCCGACGACGUCCCCAGCCUAUCUCCGUCGCCGGCUUCUCCGAUGGCUACAAGUCGCGUUGACGUCUUCUGGCACGAAGGAAUGCUCCGACACGACGCCGUAGAAGGCGUCUUCGACACCGGAUACGACCCUGGAUUCCUCGACGUAUUGGAGAAACACCCGGAGAACGCCGAUCGCGUCAGGAACAUGCUUUCGAUACUCCGACGAGGUCCCAUCGCUCCUCAUGUCAAUUGGUUUACCGGCCGUCCAGCAAUCGUUUCGGAGCUUCUAAUGUUUCACACUUCAGAAUAUAUUGACAAGUUAGUGGAGGCAGAUAAAUCAGGAGAAAGGCGUGAAAUUGCUGCUGGUACUUUCAUGAGCCCAGGCUCGUGGGAAGCUGCUCUUCUUGCAGCUGGAACAACUCUAUCAGCAAUGCAACAUAUUCUUGAUUGCCAUGGAAAAGUUGCAUAUGCUCUGGUACGCCCACCAGGUCACCACUCACAGCCUACUCAGGCUGAUGGGUAUUGCUUCCUCAACAAUGCGGCUCUUGCUGUCCAGCUUGCAUUGAAUUCGGGUUCUUGUUCCCGAGUUGCGGUUAUUGACAUUGAUGUGCACUACGGUAACGGGACAGCUGAAGGGUUUUACUCAUCUGAUAAGGUUCUUACGGUGUCCCUUCAUAUGAACCAUGGAUCAUGGGGAUCCUCUCACCCGCAGAAAGGUUCGAUUGAUGAACUUGGUGAAGAUGUGGGAUUCGGUUACAAUCUGAAUGUGCCUUUACCGAAUGGCACGGGUGACCGAGGCUAUGAAUAUGCCAUGAAUGAGUUAGUGGUUCCUGCAGUUACAAGGUUUGGACCCGAUAUGGUUGUUCUCGUUGUUGGUCAAGACUCCAGUGCUUUUGAUCCAAACGGGAGACAAAGCCUGACAAUGAAUGGAUACAGAAGGAUUGGUCAGAUAAUGAGGGGAGUUGCAGAGGAGCACAGCCAUGGAAGGUUGCUUAUGGUGCAAGAAGGCGGGUAUCAUGUAACAUAUGCAGCGUACUGCCUCCACGCCAUGCUCGAAGGCGUGCUGAAGAUUCCAGAACCGCAUCUAUCAGAUCCGAUUGCUUAUUAUCCUGAAGAAGAAGCUAUUGCUGUUGCAGCUGUGGAAUCAAUCAGAAGAUACCACUCCGAAUUUGUUCCAUCUCUCAGAGGAACUUGAACUGUGUCGUAUGAAUGACUUUGUGUAUUCCUCGUUGUCUUGUGACCUGUUGGAACACAACUCCAAAUCAAUCAGGUCAAACCCG